AUGGCAGAAAUCUCCGGCGGUGCUCUCCCUCCUGUUCCUGAUGACUUGACUAUUCCACAGUUUAUGCUCGAUACCCAUCACGUCACCAGGCCAGUCGUGAAGAUUCCCAAGCCUUGGUACGUGGAUGCCGCCACAGGUCGUUCGCUGUAUGCAUCUGAGAUUAGAGCGCGUGUUCAUGGGCUAGCGAAUGCUCUACACUCUCGAUGGCACAUAGGAGAGGAUGACGUCGUGUGUUUGUUUAGUCCAAAUCACAUUGACUACCCUGGCAUCAUCUGGGCGAUCCACAGACUUGGGGCUAUCGUAACUGCCGCGAAUCCGGCUUACACUGCUGAGGAGCUGGAACACCAAUUAGUGACGUCCAAAUCUAAAGUGAUCAUUGCCCACCCAGCGAAUCAUCCUAUUGCACUCGUGGCGGCCACAGCUGCGGGUAUCCCUCCCGAAAAUAUCAUGCUUGUGGACGCACUUCCUGCUACGGCGGCCGCUCCAUACCCUACGAUCUCUGCGUUGAUUUCCGAAGGCUUGUCUGCGCCGCAAAAUUAUGUCGAGCAACGGUUGAAGCCCGGAGAAGGCAAGACGAAACUAGCGUUCCUAAGCUUCUCGAGCGGCACCACUGGCAAACCAAAGGCUGUGUGCAUUUCACAUUACAACAUGAUUGCGAACGUCAUUCAGGUUGCUCAGCGGGCGACAGAGACGCCGUUCGCCGUGGAAGCGGACAGAGUACUCCGAGUUGACGCUGUCGCGUUAGGCGUUCUACCUUUCUUCCACAUCUUCGGUCUCGUUGUACUCGUGCACUUCUCUGUCUAUUAUGGCAUGACCCUGGUGGUGCUCCCAAAGUUCGACCUUCCAGAGUUCCUCACAAGUAUCCAGCGUUACCGCGUGAGCGUGAUCUAUGUCGUACCGCCCAUGCUCGUGCUCAUGUGCAAGCAUCCGUUGGUUGAGAAAUUCGACAUAAGCAGCGUCCGCGCGACACUCAGCGGAGCGGCGCCGCUCUCUUCUGAGCUCACGAACCUGGUAGCGACCAAGUUCCCUUCGCUAAAACAUGUCGGCCAAGGAUUCGGGAUGACCGAGACGUGUACGGUCGUUAGUUUCCCGCAAACCCAGAUGCGGCUCCCGACACCGGGCAGCUCGGGGCGCUUGGUCAAUGGCAUCAUCGCGCGUGUCGUGAAGCCGGAUGGAUCUCUGGCUAAAUUUGGAGAGCCCGGAGAGCUCGUCGUCAGGGGGCCGGCGAUGGCUCUUGGCUACCUGGAUAAUGUGGAAGCGACUCGAGAGACGUUCAGGAACGGGUGGGUUCACACAGGGGAUGAGGUGACAAUUAACCAGGAGGGAGAACUGUUCGUUGUUGAUCGCAUAAAGGAAUUGAUCAAGGUCAAGGGUUUCCAGGUGGCACCCGCGGAACUCGAGGGACAUCUCCUUGAGCAUCCGGAUGUGUCUGACGUCUGUGUUGUUCCCAUCCCGGACGAGUACCGGGGCGAAAUCCCUCUCGCAUUUGUCGCGCUCUCUGCCGGUGCUGCAGAACGUGUGAAGAAGAAUCCUGCUCUGGCUCGCGAGAUCAAGGCGUCUCUCGUGAAGUACGUCGCCGACGCGAAGAUAGACUACAAGCAUCUCGCUGGAGGCGUCGAAUUUGUCGACGUCAUUCCGAAAAACCCCAGCGGGAAGCUCCUUCGCCGUGUCUUACGCGACCGCGCCAGACUGCUUCAGAAGGAGGGCAAGUUGUCGACACAGCUUAAGGCCAAGUUGUGA